AUGGCACUCGCCAAAGCCAAGGAGAUCGUCUCGACGAACCCAGUCGUCGUCUUCAGAUGUUUCGAUUCUAAUUCCUUAGAUGUUACCUUUUGGAAUGAAGGUGAUGGAAGUGAGCUUCAAGCUGCAUUGUUCGAGUGGACCGGUCAGCGAACUGUGCCCAAUGUGUUCAUAGGCGGAAAGCACAUUGGUGGCUGUGACGCAACAACCAAUUUGCAUAACCAAGGAAAGCUUGUUCCUAUGCUUACUGAAGCUAAAGCUCUUGCCGCGGAAGCUUCUGCUUAG